GUUUUUCUCGGCCUGUAAAUACGAGUUUAGGUUGCGGUUUGAGGGGUCUUCUCUUGGCUGACCUAAUUUUCCAUUUCUCUGGCCGCGAUAGGUCGGCCGUCUGCUCCCUCCGCCGCCACCGACGUUAUUACUUAUCCCUGGGCUAGACUUUGAUAGAUCUAGCGAUGGAAGGGGAAUAUUAUGAUUCCCUCGUCGCACGAUUUGGCGAGCAAGAUUCCCUCGCCGAACGAUUCGGCGGGGAAAACGAAGGCCCCGAUGCAUGGUGGGCAGAGCUUCGCCAGCGGAUGUCCCAGGAUUUCCUGUUGAGGAACCUGGAGGAGAGGAGGAGAGCCGCCGAGGAUGGAGAUACAGCCUCCUUUGUUGACGAUGUCUGCAGUGACCCAGCCUCUAAAAAGGCAAUGGUGGCUCUGCAGGUGCUGACGGCGGGCGAGACGAGGGAACUUGACUGCGCAGUAUGCCUCGAGGAAUUCGUAGACGACGGUAAGAAGCUCAGGAUGAUGCCCUGCUCCCACUCCUUUCAUCAGCGCUGCAUAUUCGACUGGCUACUCCGUAACCGCAUCUGCCCGGUCUGCCGCUUCGCGCUGCCCCCGCAGUCAGACGAUGACAACCACAGCGACCGCGAGCUGGCUGAGAAAGACGAUGGAGCUCGUCAGUUUGCCCGAAACUGAAGUGAAGACUGUGUCCAUCAGCAUCAAGUGAGUGAGAUUUUGCACUCACUUUUUGUGUUUGCAGCUCUUGCAGCCAUGGCUGUGCCUGCAACGCCUUGCAGACAUGACUGCUAGCCAGUUCUAUUUAUCUUUUUAAUAGCUGUUAACUUCUUAUUCAUCGGAUUACCGAUCAGAAGCUUUUAUUAGUUUGAAUCCAAAUUACUCUUCUAGGAUUGAAUGCUUAUUUUUAUCAUCCCUCUGAUAUGUAAACUUACAAGCAAGAUGACAUUUUUAUGUACCAGACCUCGUUGUAUCUAUUGGAGCUUCUACUGAUGCUGGCUACUAUCUGAAA